AUGAAAUUGGGUGCCGGCUACCCGAUGGGUCCGUUGGAGUUGGCUGACCUCACGGGGCUCGAUACUAAGAAGUAUAUCCUAGAAGUAAUGAUGAAUAGGACCGGGAAUACAGUCUUCAGACCAGUGGAGGUCAUUGACACCCUAGUGUCACAAGGGAAGCUAGGGAGAAAGACGGGGGAAGGGGUCCACUACGGUCUGGAGCGAAGGGGUUCAGUGAUGGCGUCCCCGCUACCACUGAGGAGGUUUACACGACAGGUGGCGGGACAUGGAGGGGACGUGGCGGGAGGGAAAUACACAGGCCUACUCCAAUGCGGCGACGGAACAAUCCUCAAGCCGAUACUGAAAGAGUCACAGAAGAGAGAGGUUGAGUUCUACGAAAGAAUAAUGUCUUCCAAUCGACCGGAUCUGGUGCAGCUCAGGAAGUUCAUCCCCAAGUACUACGGCGUCAGGAAGUUCACUUACAACGGGUUCGAACAAGACUAUAUUAUGUUGGAGGACCUCACGGACGGGAUGUUGGAGCCAUGUGUGAUGGAUCUUAAGAUUGGCAGAAUAACUUACGAUCCGUACGCUUCCGCUGAUAAAAUAAAGCGCGAAGAGAGCAAAUACACGCGCUGUAAACAGCAGUACGGGUUCUGUAUCCCGGGGUACCAGGUGUAUAGAGUGGGGGGCGCCAGGGACGGGGAACUGGUGCGAGGCGGGAAGGAACAGGGGAAGAGACUUUAUGGGGAACAGAUUGUCACGGUGAUCCGUUCGUUCCUGAACGCGAGUUCGGGCUCGUCGUGCCGGGCGCUGCUGGUGCAGCUGUUAGCAGCACUAUGGGAGCUGCAGCGUGUUAUAUCUCGAGGCGGGGUGCUGCUCCGUUCGUCAUCUCUGCUGCUGCUGUACGACGCCUCCGUGCUCAGGAGCUGCUGCGGGGACGGCGGUGUCCCAGCCUGCCGUCCUCCCCGGCUCGUCCGUCGUCGUUCCCUGCCGGGAGCGUCUGUUCUCAGCGGGCAUGUCACUCCCCUGCCGUCCCUCCCCCUGCGCGCCCCCUCCUCCCCGCCGCCGGUCCGCUCCCCGUGGGGCGCGGCGCUGGCUCGACUGGAAGGCAGUCACUCCUUCGACAACAACUAUCAAGAGAAGCUGAGCCGAAUCAAAAUGGAGUACCGCGCGCGCCUCGACCGUAUAGCCAACAGGGGCGGCGACAGGAGCCCCGCCGGUUUACUGCGGCUCGUGGACUUCGCGCACGGCUUUAUACACGAAGAUGAAGAGAUUAAGGUCGAUGAGAACUUCAAACACGGUCUGGACAACUUGGCGCGGAUACUAGAGGCACUACUCAAAGACACUGAUGAAUUCGUCUUCUCAUAA